AUGGCGGUAACGACAACGACAACGACAGUGACAACGACAGCGACAGUGACAACGACGACAACGACGACAACGACAAAAAUGAUGACAACGACAGCGACAACGAUGAUGACAACGACCUCGGCAGCAGUUGGUGAGAUGGUUGUUGGGAUGAGAUGGAAGGAGGGAAAGAGCCAUAAAAUUGGAAAUUUGCAAAAUUUCAAUGAAUUUUGA